AUGGACACCCUGCUGGGACGGGGUGAAGAGGCGGCUCCUUCCGGCCACUGUGGGACGGUGGAGGAGUGCAGUGAAGCGGGUGGUAUCGACACGCAUCGCGUUAACGAGAGGUCGCCGAUAACGACGGCGUCCCAUCAGGAUGAGCCACAGGCACAGGAUGAGCCACAGGCACAGGAUGAGCCACGGGCACAGGAUGAGCCACAGGCACAGGAUGAGCCACAGGCACAGGACGAGCCACAGCUGGAGGCAGCAGUUUUGGAUUACUGGAGACGGCAGCCGGCAUCGGUGGACGGUGUGCUGGGUGGCUAUGGCCACUUGCAUUCUUUGGAUAUUCGAGGUUCCAGGGAGUUCUUGAAUUUGGUUGGUCGCCGGUUGCGAAAGUGGAAGGUGACUGUGAAGCAACAGAGGGCUCUUGACAUCGGAGCAGGCAUUGGGCGAGUAGCACAGUACUUGUUGUUGCCCAUGUAUGGUCGUGUGGAUCUGGUUGAGCCGGUGAAAAAACUACUUGAGACUGCUGAGCGGAUUUUGGGGCCUAGAAAUGAAGUCCGAUAUAUAGAUAGGUGCAUAGAAGACCUGGGUUCAGAUGCAAUUCGUUCGGACUACGAUUGCAUCUGGCUUCAGUGGGUUACCAUGUACGUUCCUGACGACAAAUUGGUGAAAAUUUUGGGGAAGCUUGUGCUGCACUGUCCCAACGGCUUCGUAGGUAUUAAGGACAAUGUGAGUGCAGAUGAUGCUACGCAGUUUGACGAAGUUGAUCAUUCUUUCGCUAGGAGUAUGAGUAACUGGCAGGAGAUUUUCGCGCGUGCGAAACUUAGCGUCAUUCACAUAGCCAAGCAACGUCAAUGGCCAACCCAUCUUUAUGACGUAUAUAUGUUUGCACUUCGUCCCGCUAGGGACAUGUAG